GCUUCACGCUAAAGCCCCAGAGCCCGACGCUGCAGCGGCGGUAGCGGAGAGCGCUGGAGCUCCGAGGAGCUGCAUCUGCGGCAACCUGUGUGCUGACGCUACGUGCCUCCUGACUCCGACCUAGCUCGCAGCUCCCCAGUCUCACUCCAUUCCUUCCCCACCUGGUGCGCACCUGCUCAAGGCCAGGGUCCUGCCAAGCGCUAGGAGGGCGCGUGCCAGGGGCACUAGGGAACUGCGGAGCGCGCGCGCCAUGGGGCCGCCGCCUAGGGCCGGGGUCUCCUGCCGCGGUGUCUGCGGCUCUUCCAGAUUGCUGGCUUGGUGCUUUCUGCUGGCCCUGAGUCCGCAGGCCCCCGGCUCCCGGGGGGCCGAAGCAGUGUGGACCGCGUACCUCAACGUGUCCUGGCGGGUUCCGCACACCGGAGUGAACCGUACGGUGUGGGAGCUGAGCGAGGAGGGCGUGUACGGCCAGGACUCGCCGCUGGAGCCUGUGUCUGGGGUCCUGGUACCGCCCGACGGGCCCGGGGCGCUCAACGCCUGUAACCCGCACACGAAUUUCACGGUGCCCACGGUUUGGGGAAGCACCGUGCAAGUCUCUUGGUUGGCCCUCAUCCAACGCGGCGGGGGCUGCACCUUCGCAGACAAGAUCCAUCUGGCUUAUGAGAGAGGGGCGUCUGGAGCCGUCAUCUUUAACUUCCCCGGGACCCGCAAUGAGGUCAUCCCCAUGUCUCACCCGGGUGCAGGAGACAUUGUCGCAAUCAUGAUCGGCAAUCUGAAAGGCACAAAAAUUCUACAAUCUAUUCAAAGAGGCAUACAAGUGACAAUGGUCAUAGAAGUAGGGAAAAAACACGGCCCUUGGGUGAAUCACUAUUCAAUUUUUUUCGUUUCUGUGUCCUUUUUUAUUAUUACGGCAGCUACUGUGGGCUAUUUUAUCUUUUAUUCUGCUCGAAGGCUACGGAAUGCAAGAGCUCAAAGCAGGAAGCAGAGGCAAUUAAAGGCAGAUGCUAAAAAAGCUAUUGGAAAGCUUCAACUACGCACACUGAAACAAGGAGACAAGGAAAUUGGCCCUGAUGGAGACAGUUGUGCUGUGUGCAUUGAAUUGUAUAAACCAAAUGAUUUGGUACGCAUCUUAACCUGCAACCAUAUUUUCCAUAAGACAUGUGUUGACCCAUGGCUGUUAGAACACAGGACUUGCCCCAUGUGCAAAUGUGACAUACUCAAAGCUUUGGGAAUUGAGGUGGAUGUUGAAGAUGGUUCAGUGUCCUUACAAGUCCCUGUAUCCAAUGAAACAUCCAAUAGUGCCUCCUCCCAUGAAGAGGAUAAUCGCAGCGAGACUGCAUCAUCUGGAUAUGCUUCAGUACAGGGAGCAGAUGAACCGCCUCUGGAGGAACAUGUGCAGUCAACAAAUGAAAAUCUACAGCUGGUAAACCAUGAAGCAAAUUCUGUGGCAGUGGAUGUUGUUCCUCAUGUUGACAACCCAACUUUUGAAGAAGAUGAAACUCCUGAUCAAGAGACUGCUGUUCGAGAAAUUAAAUCUUAAAGUCUGUGUCAAUAGAAAACUUGAACCGUUAGUAAUAACAGAACUGCCAAUCAGGGCCUAGUUUCUAUUAAUAAACUGGAUAAAUUUAAUAAAAUAAGAGUGAUACUGAAAGUGCAGAGAUGACUAAUAUUAUGCUAUAGUUAAAUGGCUUAAAAUAUUUAACCUGUUAACUUUUUUCCACAAACUCAUUAUAAUGUUUUUCAUAGGCAAGUUUCCUCUCAAUAGUGAUAGCAACAUUUUUAGACAUUCAAAACUGUCUUCAAGAAGUCAUGUUUUUCAUUUAUAACAAUUUUCUUAUAAAAACAUGUUGCUUUUAAAAUGUGGAGUAGCUGUAAUCACUUUAUUUUAUGAUAGUAUCUUAAUGAAAAAUACUACUACUUUAGCUUGGGCUAUAUGUGUCAGGGUUUUUCUCCAGGUGCUUAUAUUGAUCUGGAAUUGUAAUGUAAAAAGCAGUGCAAACUUAGGCUAGUUCUUCUUGAAAUGUCUAUUUAAGCUACUUUAGGUUAAUAGAACAAGAUUAAAGCAAAAUAUUCAUUUUAACUUUUUCUUGUUUUUAAAAUUAGGCUGAAUGUACUUCAUGUGAGUGUCAACCAUAGUUUAUCAGAGAUUAUGGACUGAAUUGAUUGGUAUUAGUGACAUCAACUUGACACAAGAUUAGACAAAAAGGUUCCUUACAAAAAUACUGUGUAACUAUUUCUCAAACUUGUGGGAUUUUUCAAAAGCACAGUAUAUGAAUCAUCAUACUGUUUGAAAAUGGUAAUGACAGAGUAAGUAACACUAAUAUUGGUCAUUGAUCUUUGUGCAUGAAUUAGUCUACAGAAAAAAAAUGUUCUGUAAAAUUAGUCUGUUGAAAAUGUUUUCCAAACAAUGUUACUUUGAAAAUUGAGUUUAUGUUUGACCUAAAUGGGCUAAAAUUACAUUAGAUAAACUAAAAUUCUGUCCAUGUAACUAUAAAUUUUGUGAAUGCAUUUUCCUGGUGUUUGAAAAAGAAGCAGGGGAGAAUUCCAGGUGCCUUAAUACAAAGUUUGAAGCUUCAUCCACCAAAGUUAAAUAGAGCUAUUUAAAAAUGCACUUUAUUUGUACUCUGUAUGGCUUAUCUUUUGUUUUAGAAUUUUGUUCAGAUUCUAGCAGAAUUUAGGCAAAAAUAAAACAGACAUGUAUUUUUGUUUGCUGAAUGGAUGAAACCAUUGCAUUCUUGUACGCUGAUUUGAAAUGCUGUAAAUAUGUCCCGAUUUGUAUUGAUUCUCUUUAAAUAUAAAAUGUAAAUAAAAUAUUCCAAUAAAAGAUUGUGUCUGGUGUUAGUUUAA